UACUCAGAAAACAGGAAGAACAGAUAUGAAAUUCAAAGCACAUUUUGAAGGGAAGAAGUCCAACCUGUUUUGCAAUUACUGCAAGAAGCCCGGACACACUAUUGAUCAAUGUUAUAGGAUUAUUGGAUUCCCAUCUUCCUUCAAGUUCACAAAGUCCAGAAAAUUUCAAGGUGGAGCUUACAGCAAUCAAGUAAUGACUUCUGAAGAUAAUGUGACAACACCUACAGGAACAGACACACAAUCAUCAGGGAAUCCCAUCACACAGGAUCAGUUUUCUCAACUUUUUCAGUUACUUCAGCUGGUGAAAAUAGGACAACAAGGAGAACAGGUUUCUGAAGCCAACACUACUGCUAAUUGUGCUGGCCCCUUCAAUGAAGAGGCCAGUGGUUCUUGGUAGGGUUCAAGAUGGUCUUUAUCUCCUCAAGCCAAUUCAAGCCAAACAUCAUGUAGAGCCAGUCAUUUUACCAGUUCCUAAGUCUUUCUCUGCUUGUAAUAAAUGCAAGGAUAGUUUAGCUUUUCAUUCGGUUUCCAAAUCAAACUCUGAUGUAAGCCUAUGGCACAUGAGAUUAGGGUAUAUGCCAUUAUCUAAUAUGAAGAAUAUUUCUAGUUUUCACAAUCUUUCUGUGUCUAAAUUCAAUUAUCCAUGUGAUGUUUGUUUUAAAGCUAGACAAUCCAAAUUACCAUUUUCAUCUA